AUGGCCGGACUCAAAGAAGGGGACCAAUUUCCCCCCGACGUUGUCUUCUCCUAUGUUCCCUACACUCCCGAAAGCGCGAGCAUUACCAGCUGCGGCAUCCCGCAAAACUACAACGCGUCGAAAGAAUGGGCGGAUAAAAAGGUCGUUCUCUUUGCCGUGCCCGGUGCCUUUACUCCGGGUUGCAGCGUCAGGCACCUGCCGGGCUACAUUGAGGCGCUACAAGAUAUCAAAGGGAAGCAGGUGGAUUUGGUCGCCGUGUUGGCGUAUAACGACGCUUGGGUCAUGAGCGCGUGGAGCAAGGCGAACGGAAUCAAGGAUGAGAUUCUGUUCCUCUCCGACCCAGAAACCAAAUUCUCGAAAUCCAUCGGCUGGAACCUCGGCGAGCGAUGCGCACGGUAUGCGAUGAUCAUCGACCACGGCAAGAUUGUCUAUGCGGAGAAGGAACCUGGACGGGACAUAACAGGGCCGGCCCCGAGGAGCUGGCAACUUUCCGGCGGGUUCAGCAUUACUGGCCUUGCGUCUCUUUCAUUUAGCGCUUCGCUCGUGGAUGGGGCACAGCAUGCUCCUUCCUGUUCGUCCAAGGGUCUGAGCUAA